CGGAAUUCUGAAGUCUAGUGUUCAAAUUUACAUUGCUUGAUCUCGUGGACAGCAGCUCCGACGAGUUUCUUCCUGUUUUUACCUUUCUUGCCAUUGAAAUCCACCCAGGUCCGCUUGCUUUCUCGACCGCUGCCCCCAAGCAGACGUCGUACAGCCAACGCCAAUAUUCUACCAAGAGUACUGAAAACUGUUCCGCGUUUCGACGAAGCGUCCGACCCCUAAAGCUAGGCAAACAUUCUGCCAAGUUUCGAGAGCUGAACUGAGCUGAGCUGAGCUGCUGGCCACAACAUCAGCAAUUCGUAUCACGCGGUAACGAGCAUAUUCCAACUUGACUUUCGAAUCCCCUCAACUCCUCGACCCGAUCGAAUUGUGUUUGUUUACAUUCUUAUAUCCCACCACGAUAAGAUGGUGGAAUGGGAUGCCGACUACCUGCCCAACGCCAAGUUGGGCCUACACUCCAUGCAAAUCGUUUUCGGAUUUGUAAUAUUCAUACUCGAAAUCAUCCUCUUCCGAUCAGAAAAUGCAGUAAUAAAUGCAAAUAAUGGCUGGACAUUCGGUCUGUGUUUCUUAUCUAUAAUACCCAUCAUCUAUCUUGUCAUGGCACCCCGAUGGCAACGAACACGAAAGAUUGCCAACCCUCAUGCCAUGCUGGUGGUUGACUGCGUCUUUGCCAUCCUCUGGCUGUCGGCAUUUGCCAGCCAGGCCGCCUACAACACGGCCAACUCCUGCGGUGAAGGAUGCAAGGUCAGCAAGGCCAUCGUGGGGAUGGCUUUCUUCGAGAUCCUGUUCUGGGCGGGCACAACCUUCCUCAGCGCAUACACCUUGAAGUACUAUCAGUUCAACGGCAACCUGCCUGGCUAUGAAAAUAUUGCUCGCAAGGGCGGCCACCAGAACAUCGACCCGGACAAGGCUGCGUUUUCCAUGGCGCCGCAUGACGAGGAGGCGUACGCGCCGAUCAACGCCGAUGACCACGACGACCACGCGGCGUCUAGCAGUACGCCCUACAAUGCCGACUCGUAUGGCUCCCGUCCCAUGUUCGACAGCGAGACCGACUACAGAGCCCAUAGCACCGCUCCCUCUCACGACAACCCCUUUGGUGACCCCUACCGCGCGCACAGCGUCUCCCCGGCCAACGAUCCUUACAGCUCUGGGUACGGCGCACACCCUGAUGCCGGUGGACCGCGCAUCUAUGCGCCGCCAUCUGCCGAGGAGUACGACGAUGGAAGGCCCGCGCAAUUCCCGACUGGGAACUACGACCGGACACUACACUAGAUGCUUCCCAAAGCGUUGCACGAUUCUGGGUGGGAUGAGAGCAUGACAUAGACAUUGCGGUUCCGAUUUCGCGGCCCGGCAAGCCAGUAAGGGUGGCUAUGGGCUAUAGGACACGAUCGGCAAACCUCGAGCUGGUGCACGAAAUAUAGAUAUGUGUUUUUAGGUCGUCAAAGGUGUUUCGGUUGCAUUUAUUGCGGAGAGGUGUUGGAAAUCACUUAAGUCUAUACUACUGAGGUAUUAUGAUGAUUACCC